UUGACUUUCUUUCUUUCAGAGGCUAUUCCAAAGACAAUGAUAGCAGCUGGUUUCGCUCCUUCUUUGUCCACAAAGUGGAUCCAAGAAAAGAUGCCCAUUCACCUCCUUUCCAAGAAGGAGACAAACCACCUCUACAAGAUCCAGUUCCACAAUGUGAAGCCCGAAUGCCUGGAUGCCUACAACAGCCUCACGGAACAAGUCCUACCCAAGUUGCAUUCAGACACGGGGUAUCCCUGUGACCUGGUUGGCAACUGGAAUACUUGGUAUGGCGAGCAGGACCAGGCAGUGCAUAUCUGGAGAUUCAUCGGCGGCUACCCAGCCCUCAUGGAGUGCAUGAGCAAGCUGCGGGAAAAUCAGGAAUAUUUGGAAUUUCGCAAGGAGAGGAGCAAAAUGCUGCUGUCCCGAAGGAAUCAGCUGCUGCUGGAGUUCAGCUUCUGGAAUGAACCUUUGCCACGAGCCGGUCCCAACAUCUACGAGCUGAGAACGUACAAGCUUAAGCCCGGGACCAUGAUUGAGUGGGGAAACAACUGGGCUCGGGCAAUUAAACACCGUCAAGAUAACGAGGAAGCGGUGGGUGGCUUCUUCUCCCAAAUUGGAGAGUUGUACAUUGUACAUCACUUAUGGGCCUACAGAGAUCUGCAAUCAAGAGAGGAGACCAGGAACGCUGCCUGGAGGAAGCGAGGAUGGGAUGAAAAUGUUUACUAUACAGUUCCUCUGGUUCGGAGCAUGGAAUCUCGAAUCAUGAUUCCCUUGAAGAUUUCACCGUUGCAGUGACGUUGCUUCCUUGGGCAGCCCAAGCUUCGGCCGUCCCACAGGAAAAAAAUUGUUACAUUUCCUCCCCAGCCCCCUCCCCUGAAAUCAUCUUCAUUACUUCCUGACCUUCUACUCAUUCCUUUUCUGCUUGGGUUAGAGAGAUCUGUCCUUUCCAUCUUUUCUUCCUCCCAGUCUCCAGCCUGUCAAUUUCCAGUGGGAACAGAGCAUGCCGGACCUGUGAAUGCUUAGCUUGGGCUCCAGAGGGAGAUGAAAGUCAUGUAUUUGAUGGAUGGCCAUUGACACGAUGAGAGCUGACCUUGGUGCCUACUGUGGAUUUUGGAACAAGGGAUGGAGGCUUUUAAAGAUUUUUGCUCCAGGUUCUCUUGCUGAGGGUCUGGCUUCUUCACUGGAGGGGGAAGGUGAGCCCUCCAGCCUCCUGUAGUGGAACAAGCAUUCUGACAUCUGGAGGCAUGUAUGUUGGCCUGCUGUGUUGCAGAUGUCCUUGGCAGACAUGGGAGAUUAGUGACUUAAAGAGAACGUGCUUGAUGAUGGUAAAAAUAAUAAUAAAAAGGUCUGCUUUUGAAGGACCAUGUAACCUGCCUUACUGCACAUGCAAUUAAAUAUUUAAUAUACUAA